AUGGAGACCACAACUGUGUCAUAUUCAAUAGAUGGUCCGUUGAACGAGUCUCUGCAUGACCAGUAUGGCUCUAGUGGAAUAGCACAUUUGAAUAUCUCUGUUUCCUUCCAGUAUCAAAUGAACAAUGCCAUACUGGGAAUGCUUCUUGGAACACUGUCCUUGCUCACAGUAAUCAUGAAUAUCCUGGUCCUUUAUGCUGUGAAACGGGAGAAGAUAUUGCAUUCAGUAGGAAACCUCUAUAUUGUCAGCCUUUCUUUGGCAGACCUCAUUGUUGGAGCCACUGUAAUGCCCUUAAAUCUAAUCUAUUUGCUUCAAGAAGAGUGGAAAUUAGGCCGUGUUUUGUGCCAGUUCUGGCUUGUUAUGGAUUAUGUGGCUAGCACAGCUUCCAUCUUUAGUUUGUUCAUUCUGUGCUUGGACAGGUAUCGCUCUGUAUGCCAGCCUCUGAAUUAUCUGAAAUACCGGACACGUGGAAGAGCUACUCUGAUGAUAGCUGGUGCAUGGCUUUUAUCCAUGACUUGGAUCAUUCCCAUUCUGGGAUGGCGGACAUUCUUUCAUGUUGACAAGAAACCAGAGAUGGAAAACAAAUGUGACACUGACUUUCGUUUUGUUACAUGGUUCAAGGUUCUUACAGCUGUCCUUAACUUCUAUAUACCCUCCCUACUGAUGCUAUGGUACUACUCACGGAUUUUCAUUUCUGUGCGAGAGCAUUACAGACAGUGGGAGAGCCUCACUAGCCCGGUGGUUUCCAUAGACAAAAAUGGAACCGUUCCAGAUAAAAUACAACUGAGGAGACCCUCUGACAAUCCACCGUAUAAAGACAAUUUAGUAUUACAAACAUAUUCACAAAACAAAACUAUACUGGAUCAGUACACUUUGGAACAGCCAUACAGUUCAAAGGAUAAAAAUGAAGAGGACAACACUGAGCUAUGGUCUGAGAGGAUGACAAAGAGUUGUGUCCACCAAGACUCAUUUUUCAACGUUUCAAAGCGUAUGAAAAAACCUACAGGAGAGUCAGAGGAGCGUUCUCCCACAAGCCAAGGAGAUGGUUCUGUUAUGGGAACACCUUUGAAGGAGUCAACUUUACCCCUCAGUUUCUUGCAAUCAGAUGAAAACACUGAGCUCAAAAUGUUUGUAUCAUUGAGUGACUGUAACGUGAUGGUGCCAAACUCUGUUGCUCAUGUUUGUGAAAUAGUGCCUGCCACCAACGUUCACAAAUACACCACCGUACUCAGUAAUGACGAUUUCCGACGAUCGCUUGCAUCACCAUGGGCUGAGGGAACAAACCCCAAACUGGAUACCACCAAUGCACUCACUCUUAAACAAACGUGGCAGAAAUUCUGCGCUCAGUCUAAGCAGUGUGUCCAAAACCUGCGCAUUCACAAAGAGCGCAAAGCCGCUCGGCAACUAGGCUUUAUUAUUGCAGGAUUCUUGGUGUGCUGGAUCCCAUAUUUCAUAACCUUCAUGGUCAUGGCUUUCUGUAAUGACUGUGUUCAUCAUGACCUUCAUAUGUUUACAAUAUGGCUGGGCUAUGUCAAUUCCACUCUGAAUCCUUUCAUCUAUCCCUUGUGCAAUGAAAAUUUCAAGAGAGUUUUCAAGAAUUAUUUUCAUAUGAACCAAUGA